AUGGCCAUUGCCGUUAUCUCUAUCGGAAUGGACUUCCAAUGCUUAUUCAUCGUAGUUAAAGAGCCUAAGAUUAAAUAUCUAACAAUCGAUAUUUUUCACCAAAAGAUUUCGACUGCUGGUAAGAAUAAGUACUGUUGCGAAAAGCAUAGUGAAACAGAAAGGAGGGUAACUGUUACUGCCAGAAAAGUAGCUAAUACUAUUGAAUACUACAAGCAUGAGAUAAAUGAUGUUAAAAGUGUAACUGCAAUAUACUAUAAGCAUAAUAACAAUAGGAAGAAUAUAACAGCUACUACUGGGCUGAGAUUUCCUCUUCCUAACGUAAAAGCUGUCUAUGCUUUCUAUUGUACGGGGAAUGAUCCCAAGCUGAUCUGUAUAAAAGAGGAAAACCCUUCUAUUAACAAGUGGUUCAAGCAAAGAAAGAGUAACACAUGGGAAGAAGUUUUUGGUAUAUCAAAUGACCCGGAGAAUAUUAAAAGCUGUAAGGAUAACAGUGAAGAAUUCGACCGACUUGUGACUGUAUUACAAAGAUUUACUGGAUGUGAAAAUUAUAAAGCAUGUGCUGAAACUUCUUCAUCCUCAUCUCCAGAACCAGGUGCUGGUCAGGCUGAACCUGGUAAAACUGCUUCUGAAGGUCCUUCUGCUGGUCAUGGUGAUAGAGGAGAAGGUGCUGAUCCUGCUUCUAGUCCGCCUGGUAGUGUAGCUUCUGAAGCUGGUGAUAGUUCUGAUUCUGAAUCUACUGAUGGAACUACUUCUCAAGCUGAAGCUGGUAAAGCUGAAAGAUCUACUCUACUCCUUCUUCCUGCUAGUAUGGCUGGAAAGAUCUUAUCUGGCGUUUUUGGUGGAAGUGGCGCAGUUGGUCUCGCAGGUUACCAUCUAUAUAAAAAUUCUAGAGACCCUUGGGUUAGACAAAUAUAA